AGACCAGUCUCUGGUCACAAGGUCCUCGUCCUCCGUCGUGCUACACCUGUCGUCUGGUCUUCCUCCACGCCGCACACCUGUCCUCUUCCUCCACGCCGCCCAGCGCCCGUGUCAACAUGCCGGAGACGGCGGAGUCGCACAUGGUCAGCAUGACCACCAACCGCAACUGCACGGUGGAGAUCUGCAACGUGACCAGCGCCUUCUGCCUCACCAACCCCAAGGUCCACAUGGAGAGCGGCUACCCCUACAGCCCCCCCCAGCCCACCGUGCGCACCGGCCACACCGAGGUGUGCUCCUUCACCAAAGACGACAACACGGCGUCGGGUGCGGUGGGCGUGCUCACCUACGAGCUCUUCCACAUGCAGCAGCGGCGCUGCACGGAGUUGGUGGCCCUCAUGUUCUCCGUGCCCUUCGACUACACCUUCUACAAGAACUGGCUGGGCGUGGGUGUGUUCGAGCACGCCAGGGAGGUGGACCACAAGCUCUUCGACCACAUGUACGAGCAGAAGGACUUCAAGAACUUCGUGCGCCACGAGGCCGACGGCUCGGGCGUGGUCUACAAGGGCAGGGAGGUGGACGUGAGGGCCUGCAUGUCCGACGAGGGCCGCGCCAUCGUCAAGAUUGAAGUCUACGACAGGAUGGGCUGAUGUCACAAUAAAAGCCUCUGCUCACAAUAAAAGCUUGACUAGAA